AUGGUGUUCGUAAUGUGGGCGAUUAGGCCAAAAGGCGAGACGUAUGACAUCACAAAUGAAUAUGAGCGUGUACCAACAAUGUUCAGCAUAAAGCUACACCAUGGUGGAAAUUUUACGAAGCUUCCAAACACGAAAUAUGUUAAAGGUGAAGUGCGAUAUAUUGAUUUAGUAGACAUUGAUGAGUUCUCAGUUCAUGAACUAGACGCAAUGAUGCUAGAGCUAGGUUACUCUGUACCCCCAGUAAUAUAUUACCAUUUUAGGAUUCCUCAUGAAGACUUGGAUUUUGGCCUCAGAGCUUUAGGGAAUGAUAAUGAUGUCUUGAAUUUGGCUCAGUAUAUUGGAGAUAACAAGGUCAUUGAAGUGUAUACAGAACAUGGAAAAACUAAUUUGCUGACCUAUUUUAUGUCUCCAAAAGGAAAGCAAAAAGUUAUUAUUAAGGAGCUCUGUGAUGGUGAUCUUCCAAAAGAAGCAAAUGUACCUCAAGUACCAGCAAAGGAUAAAACCCCAAUGAUAGAUGAAGCUAAUGAUCAAACACAGUUGGCAGGGUAUAUGUCCUUGAUACUCUUUGACAAAGUCCCUACACAAGUUUCACCACAGUAUAGAAGAAAUGGAAGGGUGAACUCAAUAGUUGGUCAAAGUUCUUGUGCCAAAAAGCUUUGUUUAGUUGAAUUGGAUGAUGUAGUAGAAGAUCAAGGUGGUGAUCAUGCUAAAUUGGAUGAUGUUGUACAAGAUCAAGGUGGUGAGAAUCCUAAAUUAGAUGAUGUGGUACAAGAUCAAGCUGGUGAGCAUGCUAACAUGAAUGAUGUGGUUCAAGAUCAAGAGGUUGAGCAUGCUAACAUGGAUGAUGUGGUACAAGAUCAAGGUGGUGACCAUGAUAACUUUGAUUAUGAUGAAUUUCAUUAUGAGAACUUUUCUCAUGAUCACUUUGAUCCUUUUGAUGGAGAACAUUAUCAACCACCAGAAGAUGAGAAUGUUGAAGACCAUCAGUCUGAACAUGAAAAGUCUGCUGACAGUGAUGAUCUUAGGCAACAAUCAGAAGAACAAUAUGAUGAACUUGUUGAUGAUGAAAACAAUGAUUAUGGUUGUGUUCAAAUGGAUGGGUUUCAUAACGGGGUUGGGACAAAUGAUGAACAUGAGGACAUAGAAGUCAUUGACAAUGAUAGAUGGGAUUCUUUAGAUGAAGGGUCAGAAGAUGAAAGGAAAAGAAGAUGUGUUCUUAAAAAUCUAGCUAAGGAGAAAAGAUGCAGUCUUGGCAAUGUCCAUAAGGCCAGUUUUUAUGUUGGGCAAAAGUUUAAAUCAAAGAAAGAAUUGAAAGAAAAAAUUGACAUGCACGCACUAGAAACUAGGAGGAAUUUAUAUUAUAAAAAGAAUGACAAGAUUAGACUUCGGGCAUUGUGUAGAGGUGUAGUCCCUGUCAUCAAUGCAAGUGGGGUGGUUGGCCUUAAUCCCAAAAAUAAAACCAAGGGCAAAGAGGUAAAUUCAGAAAAAGUAAACUGUAGUUGGUUCCUUCAUGCUUCUAGGUCAAACACAGAAUCUCCCUGGUUUGUAAGGACAUUAAAUGACAACCAUACUUGCCUUCAAAGUAGGAAGAUUAGAGCUUGCACUGCUACUUUUAUAUCCAAGCGAAUCAUGGACCAAAUCGACACGAAUCCAGGGAUUCCUCUUCGAGCAUUGCAGGAACAACUUCAAAAGGACUUCGAGGUAGGUAUUUCUAUUGACAAAGUAUUCAGGGCCAAGGCUAUUGCUACUAAGACCGUGGAGGGUGACUAUACGAAACAAUAUGAGAUCUUGAGGGACUAUGUCCUUGAAUUGCAAGCAACCAAUGUUGACACAACUGUCAAGAUUGAUGUUUACAGUGAACAAAACCCAUCAAACCCAACGAGGAGGGAUCUUUUGGGUUUCGAUGGUGCGCAUAUGAAAGGACCAUUUCCUGGGCAGGUUCUAACAGCAGUUGGGUUGGACUCUAACAAUGGUAUUUACCCCCUUGCUUAUGCCAUUGUUGAGACAGAGAACAAAAGUAGUUGGGUAUGGUUCUUGCAGUGUUUAGGAGAAGACUUGGAUCUUGGUUCAAACUCUAACUUUACUUUUAUCAUAGAUCGACAAAAGGGUUUAAUACCAGCAAUAGCCCAACUAUUCCCAUGUGCUGAGCACAGGUAUUGUCUCAGGCACAUACAUCAGAACAUGAGAGUGAAAUGGAAAUUGAAAGAGUACAAGGAUCAUUUAUGGAGAUGUGCAACUGCAACCACUGUACCUGAAUUUGAGCAUUGCAUGAAAGAAUUUAGCAACUAUGACAAGGAGGCAUGUGAAUGGCUUAGAAAGAUUCCUCCAAAACACUGGGCAAGAAGCCAUUUACAGGCAGAGCAAUCUCUGAUAUACUGUUAA